AGGUUCAUAUGCAUCGGGUGUCUAUGGCUGGAAGCCCACCAGUCUCCUUGGCUGAACAGGCUCAAGUAAAGCUCAUCACAGUCACUGAUGACUUAGUUCAGCAACUAGCUGAGCAUCAGAUGAGGAAAAGGCUUUCUGAAGUCAGGAGUUGAAUUCCUCGCUGCAGAAUACACAGCCUCUGAUCUGCUCUGCAAGCCACGGUAUUAAAGAUCCUGGUCUCCCACUCUCAAGGGAUAUUAUCCACUGUAGCUCCAGGAACUGUAAUAGGACGACCAAUAAUGACCAGCACCCCACAGAGGAUUCAGAUUGUUCCCACAGACUCUGGUGUCACAGUAGCACAGCGCAUUCAGAUUGUCACUGAUCAGCAGACGGGCCAAAAGAUUCAGAUAGUCACGUCGAUGGACCAUGGUGCAAGCAAGCAAUUCAUAUUAACAAAUUCAGAUGGCACACCAUCGAACAAAGUGAUAUUAGCCCGGCCUGAUUCAGGACAAGGAAAGGUCAUCUUGUCCACGCCUGAUUCUGCUGGUCUCAACCAACUCAUCUUUACAUCUCCCGAUGGAUCAGCGCAGCACAUACAGAUUGUAACGGAUGCAUCUUCGGCUGAGCAAAGUGCAGUCAAGCCACCACUGGAGUUUUGUGUAGUUUGUGGUGACAGAGCAUCGGGACGUCAUUAUGGGGCAGUGAGCUGCGAAGGUUGUAAAGGCUUCUUCAAAAGAAGUAUAAGGAAGAACUUAGUGUAUGUGUGCAGGGGGUCGAAGGACUGUGUGAUUAACAAGCACCACAGGAACCGCUGCCAGUACUGUCGGUUGCAGAGAUGCCUGGUACUGGGCAUGAAGCAGGAUUCUGUGCAGUGUGAGCGGAAACCCAUCGAAGUGUCUCGAGAAAAGUCAGCAAAUUGCGCAGCGUCGACUGAAAAGAUUUACAUCCGGAAAGAUUUGCGUAGUCCUCUGGCUGCAACGCCAACGUUUGUAACGGACAAGGAAAGUGCAAGAUCUGGAGGUCUUUUAGAGCCUGGAAUGCUGGUAAAUAUCCAACAACCACUGAUGAAGACAGAGAGUGCUAUGCUACUCACAGCUGAGAACAAGAUUGAAACCUGUCAAGGUGAUUUAAGCACUCUCGCAAAUGUGGUCACAUCACUUGCAAACCUAAGCAAGUCCAAGGAUCUGUCCCAAAGCAGUGCCGAUUUGUCGGGGAUAGAUGCCCUAAGUAAUGGUGAUGCUUCUUUAUCAGAAAUGCAGCAGGAUGACCAGUCUGCGAGUGAUAUUACCAGGUGUUUCAGGGCGUUCGACACACUUGCAAAAGCACUGAAUCCCGCAGAGGGAUCAGCUGUCCAGAACUCAGCGGAGUGCAUGGAUACCUCGGGCACCAACAUCCAGCUCAUCAGUGGAGAGCAGUCCCUACCUAUCGUUGAGAUUGAGGGUCCCCUUCUCAGUGACGUGCAUGUUGCUUUCAAGCUAACAAUGCCGUCACCAAUGCCAGAGUACCUGAAUGUGCACUAUAUCUGCGAGUCUGCAUCAAGAUUAUUGUUCCUUUCCAUGCAUUGGGCAAGAUCUAUUCCAGCCUUCCAGGCUCUUGGGCCGGACAAUAAUACAGCUUUGGUACGCGCUUGUUGGAAUGAACUCUUUACACUUGGUCUUGCCCAGUGUUCCCAAGUGAUGAAUUUAUCGACCAUACUCACAGCAAUCGUAAACCACCUACAAACAAGUCUCCAGCAAGGUUGGCAGGGAGCUAAUCUUCAAACGGUUGAUUCAUAUAAAUUGUCGGCAGAUCGAGUGAAAGUGGUGAUGGAACACAUCUGGAAGCUGCAGGAGUUCUGCAACAGCAUGGUCAAACUAACUCUGGAUGGAUACGAGUACGCCUACCUGAAAGCAAUCGUACUCUUUAGUCCAGACCACCCAGGCCUAAUUAAUGCUGCACAAAUUGAUAAGUUUCAAGAGAAGGCAUAUAUGGAACUCCAGGAUUAUGAAGCAAAAGCCUACCCAGAUGAUUCUUACAGGUUAUCAAGACUGCUGCUUAGAUUGCCUGCGCUACGACUCAUGAGUUCUGCCAUCACAGAAGAACUGUUCUUUGCCGGACUAAUAGGAAAUGUGCAGAUUGACAGUAUAAUACCUUACAUAUUGCGAAUGGAAACGGCAGAGUACAACAGUCAAAUCACAGGGUCUGCAGUGUGAUUUAACACCUAUGAACAAUCAAAGCAACCUGCUUGCAAGCUUCCUCGCCUUCUCUUCAACAAAGAGGGACAAUUGCAGGUUGUUUGUGUACAAAACAAAAUCACGGGGUAGUCUUUAAAAAAGAAUGAAAGAAAACCGUUCAUGGGGAAUAGACUGUGAAUAUUUUUCAUUGAAGAAUUGUGCUUGAUAGCAGUUGUAAUAAAAAAAAAGUGACCAUGAAA